AUGAAAGGUUUGAAGCACGUUUUGGCAGUGGGUUCUGCACUCUGUCGUCGUCAUGAAGUGCAUGGAGGGCGCAAUAGAACGUCAUCCAUGCAUUCGAAUGGACGGAUCUUCUCUAGUCAUCGACCUAUGGAUGCUUUAUAUGAAGGACAGGACUAUGAUCGUCAAGUAGAACAGAAAUUUAGUAAAUUGUCAGGAAAGACACCAUGGGAGCCUCAUAUCAAGUAUUUAGACGGUACUAAGACCCAUUGGAAAGGUCCUGAACCAACAUUAAAUGAAUUAGUAAGAGAUGACGUACCGACAGCUAGAAAUUUAUUCCGUCAUGUGUUACAGCGACGUUAUCCAAAAGAAAUGAAAAUGUGGAAUAAAUGGGGUGUGAUGGAGUGGAAAGCAGGAAAUUACGGACUAGCACGUAUGAUCUUUCUAAAAGCCUCACGGAUUUCAUUUGAUGUUGAAUUAUGGACGUCAUGGGCGUCGAUGGAGUUAGAAACAAAGAAUUUACAGGAAGCCAAACGCAUUUAUAAAGUGAUUCUAGCAACAGAUUCGAAUAAUCCAGUGGCAGGAUUAGGAAUGACACUCUGCAAGGUUCAGGCAGGACACUUGGAUGAAGCACGUGAAACGUUUCACCAACUCUUAGACAAACAUCCAAAGGAUGUGCUUAUUAUGCAAGCGUAUGGUGUUUUUGAGGCCAAGUGUCAACAUGUUGGAUUGGCUCGAAGUAUUUUUCAAAAUGCAGUGUCGCACCCGCAAGCAACGGGUCAAGUUUGGCAUGCAUGGGCCAAAGCAGAGUAUGAUUCUGGACUAUACAAAAAUGCGCUUGCAGUGAUAUCGAGUGCUUUUGAGCGCUUUCCAACACACAAAUGGCUCAUUCUGCUUGGUGCUAUGGCUCACUUUAAGCUUGGCAACGUAUAUGAGGCACGUCGUGCGUAUCGUCGACUUAUUGACGGUGGACUCUAUGUCGAGCCGUCGGCCUAUAACUCGUAUGCAAAGAUGGAGGAAGAACUAGGUAACGAGGACGCAGCAAUAAGCUUGUACAUUGAGGCUUUGGAACGGUUUCCAGACCACGUACCUAGUUUGAUGUCGCUUGCCGUUUUAUACAAAAGACGCGGACGUAUGCGCAAUGCGCGCAAGGUUUUUGAGAGCGCCCUUCAAAAUCUCCAGCACACUGGGCCUGUGCUGCACGCUUUCGGAGACUUUGAGGAGCAGCACGGAGAGCUUGACAAUGCACGAGAACUGUAUGACGAGGCUACAAACGUGCAACCAACUGUCAUUGAGUCGUGGCGUGCGCUGGCACGUGUUGAAGCUCGAUUAAAGAAUUAUGAGGCUGCGCGUUCAGUCCUUACCUUGGCAACUCAGCAUGUACCCAAUGACGCACCUUUGCUUAUUGAGUUGGCCAAGAUUGAGCAGCGGAACAAGAGUUUUCCAGCAGCUCGUCAGGCAUUGGAAAAAGCUCUUAAGAUUGAUCCUUCUGACGCAUCGGUGUGGAACUUGCGGGCUUUGCUUGAGUUGUCAGUAGACCCGGAACGUGCGAAAACGAUUGUGGAGAAUGCCCUGUCGGCGAUUCCUGAGUAUGAAAAAACUAGCUGGAGCAUCUUGAUGUGCACAUACGGUCGUACAUAUGCAGCUUUGGGAGAUUACCAGCAGGCAGUUGCAGCCUUUCAGCGUUCAUUCAAGCUACGUCCGAAGAAUUGGGAAACGCAUUUGAUUUAUGCUGAUAGUGUUUUAACACCAAACGAAGCGUGGACAGAAGCCGUGAAACAUCUCACGGCUUCGCGCAAGCUACUUCCGCGAACUGAUAGACGCCGCGCCAAUGUUGAGCGCAAACUUCGUGCUGCUGAGGCAAUGGUCAAAGCAAAUCAGUACAAGGACAACGAAUUAAACAACGACGAGGAUCUUCAAGAAGACGAAGGUUCGUGA